CACUAUUUGUUUAAUUUUCUUCAAUUUUAUUUUAUGUAUCAUGUUUAUUUUUUAUUUUUAACAUGGAAACUGAGGUUGUAACUUCAAAUUUGACUGAUUUGGAGUCGUUUAUCCUUACCAAAUAUGAUCCACUUUUGACUAUUGUUAAGGAAUUAAAUGAUGGGAUUCAAAAUUUAGAAAAGGAGAAAUUGCGCCUAGAACGGAGGAUUUUAAAUUUAGAACAGUAUUUAUUGUCAAAAGACAAUGCAAAUUCAAAAGAUUCACUAAAUGAAGAUUUCCACGUUCCCGUUGAUUUGAGUGUGGUUGAGGAUGAAUCAUAUUUAUCACUACCCUGGUUAUUUUCAUGCCAGACUGGUACUCCUCUUUCAACAUUACAAGUUCUUCUCGAGUUUCAUCCUGACAAUACUGUGGAACUUGAUGUAUCUUCGUGGCUUAAGGAGGAGAAUAUGUGGAUUUCACUUUUGGAGGAUUUACUUCCUCUUCUUUCCAUUGAACACUCAAAGGAAGAAUUUAACGAACUUCAAACCCUCAGAAAACUAGCGAGGCGUUCAUUGAAGGAAUUGGCUAAAAAUGAGAUGUUGGUGGUUUUGAGAAAUGUUCCAGGGAAGGAAGAGGCUUCCAGUAAUACCACUUGUAUAACUCUCGUUGCUAUUCUGGCCUCGACCAUGUCUGACGCCUGGAAGAUGGUUGAACACUACUCACCUGAUAACAUGGGAAGAGUUUGCCUCGUGUUAGAUGGUAAAAAUAUUGGAACCAGAUUAAGAGCUGGAACUAAAAAGUUCAGAAUUGAACCUUUAAACUGAUUUAAUACACUACUAAUACUA